CAGCACGACUGAAAUAUUUUCAACGUUUAUGAAGUGAAUUUUAAGUUUUUAUUCUUCUUGUAACCACUGUCACUUCUCCAAUAAAAUACCAAACAAACAAAGCUAUGUAAAAAACAAAGGCCAAAAGAGAAACCGAUCCAAAGAGAAAUGCCUAAAGAGCAUAGCACAACCGUUGCCGAAGAGACAAAAGAAAGUUACUCUGCCGCACAAACUUAAUAUUACAACAAAGAAAGUUGCAAUACAACAUGUUGGAUGGUUGUAUGGCAUGCCUAUCAAACUUGGCUUAAACUGAUCUAUGCUGCGAACAAACUAGUCUUGGCUGUGGUGUGUUUUGUGUUGGCUUGAAAAUAAAAAACCAUGAACUUGGGGAAAAGUUGCGAGAAAACAUUGACGCUGGGCUGGGAGAGCUAUGCUGUGGCAAGAGGUGGUGGUGGUUGCUUGACUUGUUGGCUGGAUAGCUGGCUGGCUGGCUUGUUAUGUUGGGUUAGUUGGGUGUUUGGCUGUGUGUAAAUUAAGGUUGGAGGAAAAAAUUUUAAAAGACGCUGCAAAAUCAAAUCUCAAAACAUUUGUACCACGGCGGUGCUACUAUUUACAAGUCUAGCGUUCUUGUUCGCCCAGUUAAUCUCAAUCUGAAAAAUUCUUGCCUGAUCCCCGCCCGAGCUAGCAAAAAGCAAAAAAAACUGAAACACCGAGAUAAAAGCAGGUUGUUAUUCUUGCAGUUCAAAUUAGUUUUGUGUUAUUGCUGUUUGCUUCUUUGGAAAACUCCUAAGCGCGGUAACGGUUCGUGAAAUUGCCUUUAGCUUGGCAAACUUGAACUUUCUUCGAGCAUCAGUGAGCGAGCGAGCGACAGUAAAAGAAUCUUGUUUUAAACGUGCAGUUGUGAAAAGCGAUCGCCUAAAAAAGUAGCGUAGCUUCUACUUGCCAGUGGUGUGUUGAGAAGGCCAGAACAAGAAAAUCGGUUUAUUAACUAGCACUUUAGUUGGCCAAAACGUAACGAAAUAAACAGUUAUCUGACAUUCAUAACAUAGAACAGAACAGAAUAGAAAAGAAAAAAAACACAAAAAAAGAUUUAUUAUAAAUUCUAUCAAAAGCUAUUUGCAUUACAGUGGAAAGCAAAAAGCUCACCACAAUAAAAAUAAAUUAAAGAAAAGUAAUUGUGUGCAAAAUGGGUUUAUCACCAUCCUUUUUCUUGCGGCUUACACUGCUGCUAUCGUUAAUGGCCACCUUGGCUCUGGCCGAUAAUUACCCGGGAGUAAUUGAAUUGGUUGGCUAUAGUAAUCGCAAGGCUCGAACCUAUUACCAACCUGUGGAUGAACGACCCGUGGCAGCGCCCACUGACUCUAAAAUGCAGGCAGAUAUCGAAACAGUGAAACAGAAUAUUGAGAAAUACAACAAACUGCUGACAUUGGAUACGAAAAAUUUACCAGAAUCUCAAAAGGAUAUGCUGGAGAGAAUUGUUGAGAGAGUGGCCCGCCUCAAGGAGACAUUGGAUAUCAAUGAAAAACUCUUGGCAAAUUCCACUCAAACUAAAAAUUCAGACAAAAGUGAUGAUGAAGAAAACUCCACGCAAAUACCCACCGAUGUCACUGAUAAUUUCCCUGGCGACGAGGAAGAGGAGGAGGGUAAAACUGAGCCCACAUUGGUUUUAGAUGAAACCACACUGUUGCAAUUACAAAACUCAAUGGAUAAAUUGGCCGCUGCCCAAGCUGCUGUAACCACAUCACAGACUGGACAAAUCCCUGAAUUCCCCACCACCACAGAAAUGAAUUCGGAAUUCAAUGGCCAGGAUGAAGAUGCUGAAAACUCCACAGAUAUGCCCACAGCCAGUGAGGAUUAUGAUAUUACAACCAUGGAAUCGGCCACGGAGACUACGGAUCCCCAGGAAGAAUUUGUGGCAGCACGUUCAAAUAAUGUGGGUAUUACCGCAGCAGCGGAUGAAAGUGAGACAAUGGCCACCCUCAGCACCACAAUUGGCAGCCAAAGAACCCUGACCACAAGUGGAAAAACCACAAAAACUCGUGCCACCAAAAGACCCAGCGGUCAUACCUCGACCAAGGGUACAGGAGGCAAACGUCGUCCUUCCACAUCCACAUCAACAGGUGGCAGCAGUUCGUACACGAAAACCUCAUCAACCAAACAAAGGAUUACACACACACCCUCGACAGUAACUCAAUCAUCGUCGUCGUAUCAACAAAAGAUCACCCACAAACCACUGGCCCAGCCCUCAUUGCAAUCAUACCAACAGGCAGCGCCCAAACCCGUGUCCUCCUCAUCCUUGGAUAAAUAUGCUUCGUCCAGUUCACCUCUGACCACAUCAUCAUCUUAUGGUGGCGGCAUUAAUCCACUCAACAACAUGGCAAGUUUAUCAUCGUCCUCGGCGACAACAUCCACUGUGCCCUCGUCGAAUAGUUAUGGUUCCACCAACAAUCAGGAUAUUGUUUAUGAUGCCCAUGUCAAUACAUCGGCCAUAAUCGAUAGCUUAAAUAGUAAUGGUCGCGAGGAAUACUACCAACAACAACAGCAGCAAGCUCAGCAAAAACAAGGACUACAAACUGGCGUUGCAAAUAAAGAUAAGAAGCCACUGAACGGUGCAAAACCCACCAAAUACCAUUAUUAUCCGCACAACCAACACAUUUAUUUGCUGCCCGAAUGUGCCAUACAACAGGUGUGCAAUGCCGUCUAUGUUCGAUUGAAUUACACCCAACCUCUGUGCGCCUGUCCAUCAAGAUAUCGGGAUCCCUGUUCGGCUAGUUUGAAUGAAGAUGAUCAGCAUACAACAAAAUUGGUUGGAGAUGGCAAGAAAAAGGCUAUAACAUUGGCCAAAACCUGUGAGGCUACAACCGAAAUGCGCGAAUGUCGUUCACCCAAAGAUUGGUCGCUGUUGGCAUUGCAGAAUACCCGCACAGGCAAAUCACAUUAUUUGGUCAUAUGCAGAUGUCCAGAUCAUUUCAAAAUGGAGGGACCUAUGGCCCAUGAUCAGCCUACAUAUGCCAGUGUACCCGGUAUUCGUGUCUUUGGUAUGAUGUGUGUCAAACCUGGCUAUUCGGUGCGCAAACCUUCGGUCCAACCACCCAAACGUUACCAAUUGCAAAAACCUUUCUAUAGGCCCGGAUCCCAAACCUCAUUUGGCCAGCAGUCGAAUAGCAAUAUCGGUGGUUCCUUUGGCAGCGGUAGCAGUAGUAGCAGUUCAUCAUCACAACAGUAUGGUGGUACAAAGGAUACCUAUGGUAGACCCUCAUACGGUGGCAGCAGUUCUCCAAGUUCCCAAUCAUCCUUAGGCGGUGGCUUCAAUUCAGCCAACAGCAACAACUAUCACGGCUCCGAUUCAUUCUCCUCUUCACAAAACAAUUAUCAAUAUUUAAAUCGUCCCGAAAGUAUAUCCAAUUCCAACUUUAAUAACAAGAACAGCAACAAUAACUUUAGACCAGAACCGGUGUCAAUAAAUAAUUUCCCUGGUGCCAGUUAUGGUCGUAACAAUGAACGCGAAGGCGCCGAUAACAUUGAGGCCGCCACUGAGGUUGACAAUAAACUGCUAAUCAAUACCUCAACUCCAGCCCAGUCCAAUGACGAGGUGGCCCGAACCACACUUAGUGAAGAUACAACUAAAGUGAGCGAAGAACUGAAACGCGAAAAACGUUCUCUAAGCGAGAAUACUGUGGAUGGCGAGGCUGAUGAUAUGCCUGAAUUCCCCUGGGACCGUGUUAUAGAAUUUGAAAAGACCCUGGUAUGGGACUAAAUAGAAUGGCGAGAGAAAACAAGUUAUUUAAAGAAUAACAACUACAACAAUACAUUGGGAACUAAAACGCAUACUAAAACAAACAGGGUGUAGGUAGCAUUUAUAUAGAAUUUCUUAAUCCAAUUAAUAAUAUUAUGAUAAGACGCAACGAGAUUUUGGACCAUAAUUUAUUAACUGAACAUUAUACUACUGUGACUGAAAUGAACAAAAAACAAAA